AAAUUGCGAUCAAGCAUUAGCGAGCGAAAGUAAAUUUAUUCCUCCGAUGAUAAAGGAUGUAUCUCUCUCGAAUGUCGAGAUGUAAACAAAUACUACGAAUGACGCGGUUCAUCCCCGUCGAAAUGUCUCGAAGAUCGAUCACGAAGAUGACAGUACGUGAUGUAAUGAAUAUGACCCUUGAUGAGGAAAUGGCUCGAGACGAGAAGAUAUUUAUAAUGGGGGAGGAGGUCGCGGAAUUUGACGGCGCUUACAAGAUUACACGUGGUCUUUGGAAGAAAUAUGGCGACAAGAGAUUGAUCGAUACACCAAUCACGGAAGCUGGAUUCUGUGGUAUCGCUAUCGGCGCGGCACUCCUGGGUCUAAGACCGAUAUGCGAAUUUAUGACCUUCAAUUUCGCCAUGCAAGCCAUCGAUCGUAUCAUCAAUGGCGCUGCGAAGAAUCUCUACAUGUCCGCCGGAAGAUUCCCUGUUCCUAUUUUAUUUCGAGGUCCGAACGGUAACUCCAAAGGUUUGGCCGCGCAGCACUGUCAAUGCUUUGCCGCGUGGUUCAUGCACGCGCCCGGCUUAAAAGUCGUAUCACCAUCGACUAGCGAGGAUUACAGAGGCUGUUUGAAGACAGCUGUGCGAGAUCCCGAUCCUGUAAUCAUGCUGGAGAGCGAGUUACUAUACAGCAUCGAGUUUCCCCUAUCCGACGAAGCCAUGGACAAGGAUUAUCAGAUACCUAUCGGCAAAGCUAAGGUGGAGAAACCCGGCAAGCACAUCACUCUAGUGACGCAUGGCCAAGCGUACGUGUUUACGCUUCAAGCGGCCGAAUUGUUGGCUGGACAAGGUAUCGAGGCGGAAGUUAUCAAUCUACGAUCGCUCAGACCCUUGGACUGGGAUACGGUGUUCAAGUCGAUCGGCCGGACACACAGACUAAUGACUGUCGAACUGGGCUGGCCUAGAUGCGGAGUAGGAUCCGAGAUUGUCGCAACAGUGAUGGAAAAUCCAGUAUUUUAUCAGCUCGAUGCACCUGCAAUUCGGUGCACUGGCGUCGAUGUUCCGAUGCCCUAUUCGGAAAAGAUCGAAUACGAAUGUACCCCAAAGGAGCAUCAUAUAGCCGAUUACGCUAAACAGCCUGAAGGUUUAUAUACUCCAUCUUCGUAAGCUGCUGGCAGUCUUCUUAACAACGGGGUAUCAACUGCACCUAGUUCUGGUUUGCCAACAUUAUUGUUCCAUCCAUCGUAACCAGGAUAUUCAAUCGCAGUAUGAUAUGUAUUGUCCGGCACUUAUUCGGAGCUGUAGCAAUUUCUACUGGACAAUAUCAUUUGUAUGAUUUGAGCGGCUUGAUUUAUCCACUUCCUCUUCGUACGAUAAGGCUACAUACAGGAAACCAAAAA